AUGGCAGUACUAGCUGCACCAGCAGGGGUCAAGAAGCUGGUGUGCCGGGUAUGCCAAAAGGCUUUCUCCAAGGCUGAACAUUUGCGGAGACAUGAGCGCUGCCAUACGGGGUCUAAACCAUUCGUUUGUAAAGAAUGCCGGAGGCCCUUUGCCCGACAAGACGCUCUUACUCGCCAUGAAAAGCUGCACUCUCGUGUCGGGCAUGGAAAAGAUGGCUCAACAGAGGUCCGCGCGCUGUCAAAGCCUGCCUCUGUAGAUCUUCUCCCGUCGUGGGACACAAGCAGUGCUCCUACUGUUGAUCCAGAGACGACCGCUGUGACGAGUCAUUCAUGUGAUGGGCCACGCUUGCAGAAUCAUGCUAGUAUGCAUCAUAUUUCCUCGGAGCUGGACUUUGCAUUGGUUUGGCCGGAUUCAGAAAACCUGUUCCACAGCUUGAUGUCUUCGGAUACGACAGAUCAAUGGCAAAUGCCGCUUGGCGCGUUACCUUUUCCGCCCGUCGUGCAGGAUAUGAAUGGCCUGGGAUUUGGCUCUCCGAAUUCAUUCGACGACCGUCGCUCUUCUAUCGGGGCAAUACCGUCUGGUGGUGGACACCAGGCAGUGCGAGAUGUUACUGAGAUGGUGACGAGUUCGUCAUCAAGUGUUACGGCUGCCGUCAAGGCCAUGUCAAUCACAUCAAUAUUCCUUGACGAGUGUCUCCACAUGUUCUUCGGCCGUUUCAUCCCUACAUUUCCAAUAUUGCAUCGUGCUACAUUUGUCUUCCGGGAAUGUACCCAAGCGCUUCUACUCAAUGCCAUUGCCAUAGGCUCUUUAUAUCUAGGUCCCAAGGACUCGGUCUCAAAGGGCGAAGCACUAUGGCGUCUCGCACAUACAGCCGUUGCAACCUCAUGGCAGUCGAUGAUUACACAUAAUGGGCCAUAUGAUGCACGCAAGGGUGUGCAGUUGAUGCUAACCGCCUUAUUGGGUCAGGUUUACGGAGCUCUAUCCAAAAAUAGAGCAAUUCGAACAACUAGCCAAGUCUUCCGUCCAUUGGGUUUCUUCUGGGCGAGACAAUGUGGCAUGUAUGAUAGCGAGCCUUAUUCGAUGGACAACCUGCCCUCUAUUAAUGCUCCUCCUGCAGAGAAAGAGCACCAAUGGCGUACUUGGUCGGCGCGGGAGAUACAACAACGCGCUCUCUUAGCAUACUAUGUCUUGGAUGGUCUGGUGGCUCAAAUGUCAGGCGAUGGCCCCUCUGCUCGCCAUGUGGAAAACUCACUCAACCUACCGAGUAGCGAAGAAGCCUUUGAUGCCAACACUGCUGAUGAAUGGCUGGCUCACAUGCAUACUCGCAAGCCGGAUCAGUCCUCAUUCAGAGUGAUCUUCCGCUCCCUGUUCCCACCGACAGGGAGCUUUCGCGCUUUGGGCUACGAGUUUUCUGCUUUCGCGCUGCGUGUGGUGCUUGAAGGGCUUCAGUCGCUGGUAUCUGACUGCGAUGAUAAUGAACUCGCCGUGGGUGUACCUAAUCAAUCAGAUGUCCGGCGAGCUCUGACUCAAGUCUAUGAGACAAUUUCCAUGAGCAUUCACUUUACCGCAGCAGAGAGACUUGAGAUCCUUUUGCGCUGGCACACAAUCUGCUUAGAUACCAUGAUCAACUCGACUAUUCUCGCCCGUCACGUCUGCUCGCGCUACAACAUCCCACAACAUGUCUCGGGCGGAUGUAGAACCGCACGAUCAGGCUUUGACUCGGUCCAAUGGGCGAAUUCGGAAGAAGCCAGGCGGGCCGUACUCCACGCAGUGGCAAUCCAAGAUAUUGUCGAGCAACUACCACGAGGCCGCGCGCAUGUUGUGCACAUGCCCAACUCACUAUUUGCAGCUGCCACAAUAUACGUGGUUCUGUCGCUUGCAGGAUCAGCGACUCUGAAUCUUCCUCGACAUAUUGUUUGGCAAGAUGCCUUACUGUCCCACUCGGACCUUAACCUCAGCGACGAGGAUAUCCGAUCUCUGUCUGCCUCGGAGACGAGACGUUUCGUCGAAAACGGGAAUGAAAUCUCGUCUCUUCCGCUUCCGACUGGUGGUAGUGUCCGAAAUCUGUUUUAUGAGCUCAAUUCUAUGCAAAAGCUUUUCCGAUGUUUGUCCUCGCAGUGGGGUAUUGCACAUGACAUGGAGGAGAUUGUUGCACAGUGGAUUCAACUAUGCCAUUAG